AUGUCGCCGACGUACCGGUCGUCAUACGUGGCUGCCCCACGCAAAACGCUUACAGAUCUAAGAAGUCAAUACGAGGCCAAGGCUCCUAUCAGCGUUGUAACAGCAUGGGACUUCCUCACAGGCCAGAUUGUCGAAAAGAGUCAAGCUGACGUUGCUUUGGUGGGUGACUCUUUGGCCAUGGUUGCCCUUGGGUACCCUGAUACGAACGAGAUUGAGCUUGAGGAGAUGUUGUACCAUAUACGAGCAGUUAACCGGGGUAAUGCCUCCUCGUUUAUAGUGGCAGACAUGCCUUUUGGUACUUACGAGACAUCUACAAAACAGGCGGUUGAGACUGCUAUCAAAAUAGUGAAGCAUGGAAAGGCACAGGCUGUCAAGCUUGAAGGCGGUCAGGAAAUGGCCGACACCAUAAAGUCAAUUGUGACCGCUGGUGUGCCUGUCAUGGGACACAUUGGCUUAACCCCUCAGAAGCAUCACACAUUAGGUGGUUACAAAUUGCAAGGAAACAGCGUUGAAGGCGCCCGAAAGUUAAUUGACGAUGCUUUGGCGUUACAAGAAGCUGGAGCGUUUUCGAUGAUCUUGGAAUGUAUUCCAAGCAAGUUGGCCGAGGUGGUCACACAGACAGUGAAGAUACCCACGGUUGGCAUUGGUGCCGGUCCACAUGUUUCAGGCCAGGUUUUGGUACUUGCCGAUAUGCUUCAGAUGAACGAUCCAGAGAAGUACAAGCUUGCGAAGUUUGUCAAGCUGUACAUGAGCUUUUUUGAAAACGCUACCGAGGCUGUCUCGCAAUACAGGGCGGAUGUAUCGGAGGGGGUAUUUCCAAAUGCUGAUGAACACGGCUACAAGAUCAAGAAAGAUAUCUUGAAAGCAGCGAGAGCGUACGCUGAAACGAAGAAGGAGGAAUGA